AUGAGCUUUCAAACCUUCUAUGAAGACGGGCACGGUAAUGGAGUUGAUGAAUACGGUAGACCUGAGCCUAUGGACUACAUCAUUGAUGAAGAGCGAUAUGCUUUAGAGACAGUUAACUCAAACACUCAUUAUUUGCAUAAUCAGCUUCAGGAGAAUAAUUUCGAUGUAGGCUCUAUAGCAGAUGAAGAUGCAAAAGAUGACGUAGAUGUUUGCAUGAAAAAGGUGUCAAGUAAGCGAGCGUACACACUCUAUACGGAUCUAGACAAAGUCAGAUUCUUUAAAUUGAUGUUUGAGAAAGUUAUGAGUGCUUCAGUUGCUGCAAAGGUUUUCAAGAUAGAGGUUCGACAGGCAAACAAGAUACACGGCAAGGAGAUUUCUGGUCGAUGCGUCGCUGUGGACCCAGGAAGAAGAGAUAUGUUGUAUUUUGUACACGAAAACUCUACACCAGAACAACCAUACCGUCGGAUCUUGCAAGAUCUCAAAGCUCAAGAUCCUGAUGUCGCUCAAGCUGAGAUAGUGGAUACCCCUCUUUCUGCCAAGUUUGGAGAAGACGCCGUGUUUGUGAUGGGAAACUGGGCCGCUCCCCAUGCUAGGUACCGUGAACCCAUCCGUGGCCUUGGUCUCCGAAGACUCUUCAAGAAACAUGGGUUCCAAGUCUUUCUUAUAGACGAGCACAAGACCAGUAGGUGCUGUCCAACAUGCCACAACGAAAGCCUCUACAAGUUCCGUCGUGUUCCAAAUCCACGAUUGUAUCAACGAGAGCGAUAUUCUACAGCUGUCUGCCAUGGCCCUUUAAGAUGUAUCAAUCUAUACUGUAAAUCCAUCAUAGCAGCACCAGAUAGAUAUCGCUUAUGGAAUAGGGAUGUUGCUGCUUGCCUCAGCUAUAUGCACAUCCUUCGUGGGCUUCGGCGUAAUGGCAUGGUUCUUCAUAGGCUUCUCCGGGUUUCUGUUGCUCCUACAAGACGUCGAAGAAGAGUAGAUGAUCAGGAGCAACCAAGAAGUAGAAUACGUUUAGACGAUGAUUCUCCAUCCUAG